UGAAUAGUGAUGUCGAUUGUGUACAUGGCACAUUUGUAAUUUGUAUGAUUUUUGUAUAUAACAUGAAGUGAAAAACUAAUUAAAAAUUAUUAUCAAAACAUGGCAUUUGUCAGUGCUGUAACCGGCGAUGACUCCACGAAGAAAUUCAUGGACGUCCUACAAAAUGACUUUAAAACUCUUAGCUUGGAAACCAAGAAGAAAUAUCCACAGAUAAGAGAGGCUUGUGAUGAGGCGGUCGAAAAGUUGGCUUUGGCAUCAAAUAAUCCCCAAGCUUCUCUGUAUGGUGUAGUCAAUCAAAUAUUAUAUCCAUUAGUGCAAGGAUGUGAGUCAAAGGAUGUUAAAAUUAUAAAGUUCUGUCUCGGCACGAUACAGAGGUUAAUAGCUCAACAAGGGAUAGAUGCAAAGGGUGCCCGUCAUGUAGUUGACUGUCUGUACAAUCUCGGUCAGGCAGGCAUGCUGGAGUUGAAGCUUCUGCAGACAGCCGCCUUGUUAAUGACCACAUCAGACUUGGUUCAUGGCGACACUUUGGCUAGAACGAUGGUGCUAUGUAUACGCAUGGUGUCGCCCAGUGAGACUCGCGACGUGAGCACAACCCACGCGGCGGCUGCCACCGUACGGCAGCUCGUAGCUCUCGUGUUCGAGAGGGCGCUGGCUGAGGCUAAUGGUACUCUAAAAGUGAACCCUGCAGAUGUCAGAAUGCAAGCAAACAGUAAAGCCCCGAAGGAUCUCAAGCCCUGUGCAGUUGACGCAUACUUGAUUUUACAAGAUAUUAUUCAACUUAUAAACGGCGAUUCGGCAAACUGGCUCGUUGGUAUUUCAGAUGUACCGAAGACGUUCGGAUUGGAACUGCUUGAUACUGUAUUGACUGACUUUUCUGAUGUAUUCUUUAAGAUUUCAGAGUUUCGAUUUUUACUGAAGGAGCACGUGUGUGCACUAAUCAUAAGGCUGUUUUCUCCAAAUGUUAAGUAUAGGGCCCUGCCGCCGCCGGCGCACAUCCCGGGCCCCGGCGCGGCGGCGGAGCGCCCGCACUUCCCCGUCACCAUGCGCCUGCUGCGCCUCGUGGCCGUCAUCGUGCACCGCUACCACGACGUUCUGGUGACGGAGUGUGAAAUAUUCCUCUCGUUGACCAUCAAGUUCCUGGACCCCGACAAGCCGCUGUGGCAGCGCGCGCUAGCGCUUGAAGUGCUACAUCGGAUCACUAUACAUCCGGAUUUGCUAAAAGCGUUCUGCGAAUGCUACGACAUGAAGCCACACGCUACGAAUAUCUUCCAAGACAUAGUGAACGCACUGGGUGCAUACGUGCAGAGUCUUUUCGUUGCCUCGCAAGUCAAUACUCCAGCUGGUUCUUCAAGCAUCCCUCAACAAGCCGGCUUCUACUGGAAGGGAGUGUGGUUACCUCUUUGUGUAACAUUCGAACCUGGAACCGCUAAAUCUGUAUAUAUAGAGAUGCUGGAUCGCACAGAGGCGCCCACGAUUCAAGAAGGAUACGGCAUAUCAGUCGCAUACGCGUGCUUAGUUGAGAUAAUACGCUCUAUAGCGAUCACCGUGGAAGGAGACGAAUAUUUUAGAUUACAAGAACUCUAUGAUGAUUCUCAGAACGACGGAGAUGAAAAAGAAAUGAAUUCAAAUAAACCUACUAAUAACCAGAACGAGGCAGAAACUAAAUUAGAUAAUGUAAAGGAAAUAACAAAUAAUGGGCACACCGGGGAAGCAGAUCAGAACUCAAAUGUUGUUGAGAAGAUUGACCCUGAGGCGGAGGACAAAGAGAGACAACUAAAACUGCAGCUAAUAAAAUCCUCUUGGUGUGGCCUGGUGUGGGGAUUGUCUGUGUUGGCGGAAGCCAGUAUUGGCGAACUGGAAAACAUUCUGCGUGCCAUACAAACGUUAGCGAGGGUUAGUGGGAAGGUGGGCGUGACGAGCGGGCGCGACGCGUGCAUCGGCGCGCUGUGCCGCUGCGCGCUGCCGGCGCAGUACUGCGUGCCCGUGCUGGGCGCGCUGGCGGCGCUGGCGGGCCCGGGCGCCUGGCCGGCGGCGCGCGCGCCCGCGCCCGACCUGCGCCACCACGUCGUGUGGGUGGGCACGCCGCUGCCGUGCGCGCAGCCCGCAGGUCAGCAGCAAUCAUUUGUGAUGGUGACCUCUCGCCACGUGACCGCCAUGCGGGCGCUGCUGGCGGCGGCCCGGCGCGACGGGGACGCCUUGCAGCACGCCUGGCUGCCGGUGCUCACCACCUUGCAGCACUUGGUCUGGAUAUUAGGUCUGAAACCAUCGACCGGUGGUAGUAUGAAGGCGAGUCGCGCAAGCGCGGAUGCGAACGCCGUCAUGAGCACGUCGGCUGUUAUGGCGGAUUUACCCGGUCAGCAAGUUCCCGUGGCCGAGUCGCUCGGAGUCAUGAGUGCGUUGUCCGCCAUGUUGUCGAGGGUGUUUGAAGCUUCGAAGAAUCUUGAUGACGUGGCUCUUCACCAUCUCAUUGACGCUCUCUGCAAACUCUCCAAUGAGGCUAUGGAACUUGCUUAUUCUAACAGAGAGCCAUCAUUGUUUGCUGUAGCUAAGCUCCUGGAAACAGGUUUGGCGAAUAUGCACAGGAUAGAGGUCAUGUGGAGGCCAAUCACGAACCACCUUCUUGAAGUGUGCCAACAUCCUCACAUACGAAUGCGGGAGUGGGGAGUUGAAGCCAUCACAUAUCUCGUGCAGGCUGCUUUCCAGUACCACCACAACAAUCCCAGUCUUGUUACUGAUGCGCGGUCGCGGCUGGUGCUGGAGCCGCUGGCGGAGCUGUGCGCCGUGCGGCACUGCGACGUGCGCGCCCGCCAGCUGGAGUGCGCGGCGCGCCUGCUGCACUCGCGCGGCGACCAGCUGGGCGCCGCCUGGCCGCUCAUGAUGGAGAUCAUCUCCGCCAUCAGCGACCACCACAGUGAACAACUAGUACGGUCGGCUUUUCAAUGUGCGCAACUGGUAGCCGGUGACUUACUGGGUUGCGCGGGGCCACGUUGCUUGAGAAGAGUAUUGGCGGCCGCAGCCGCUUUUGCUAGGCAAACCAAAGAACUAAACAUAAGUCUUACUGCCGUAGGGCUGAUGUGGAACAUAUCGGACUACCUGUACCACAACCGCGACAAGCUGUCGGUGGCGCUGGCCAGCGAGGCGGCCGCGGCGCCCGACGCGCUGCCCGACCUGCCGCCGCUCGACCGCCUGUGGAUGUGCCUCUACGUCAGGCUCAGUGAGCUGUGCACGGAGCCGCGAGCGCCGGUGCGCCGCGCCGCCAGCCAGACGCUGUUCAGUUGCAUCGGCGCGCACGGCACGCUGCUCAGCGCGCCCGCCUGGCGCGCGCUCCUCGCCGUGCUGUUCCCCAUGCUCGACCAGGUCCAGAAGCAAUCCAAUAUCGCCAGCUCGGAGAAGGUGGACACAGGCGAGCACAUCCUCAUUCACCACACUAGGAAUACCGCACAGAAGCAGUGGGCGGAGACACAAGUACUAACGUUAUCGGGUGUCUCUCGCGUGUUCCACUCAAGAUUUCAAUUACUGGUAACAGUAGGAGACUUCAACAGAUCGUGGACAGCGUUACUGGAUUAUAUUACUGAUUUCGCACUGCACAGGAGUCACGAGGUAUCGGUAGCGGCAUUAAAGUCAUUCCAAGAAGUAGUGUCAGCAGCGGGACGAGUGGAGGUCGAAGUGCCCAAACGCGUGUGGCCUGCAGCUUGGGCUGCGUGGACUACCAUCGCAUCGGGUCUUGGAGGACCACCGCCUAUACCUGAAGAUGGAAAACCGGUGGAGCUGUACGCGCCGUCUUUGAACUUUCUCACCACAUUAGUCCAGAUCUUUCCGCUCAUCUUCCAACACAUACGAUCCACGUUCACAGCAGAGGACGUGUCGCGGCUGGGCGAGUGCCUGUCCACGGUGUGCCGCGUGGAGCCGUCCGCGUCCGCGCUGGACGGGCUCGGCAGCGGCGCGCCCGUCAGCCUGCACGCGCUGCACUGCCUCGACACCGUGCACAAGGAGGCGCUGUCACGUCACGAGCUGCUGGGCCCGCUGUUCUCGGCGCUGAUCUCACUGGCGGGCGCCGCGGAGCAGGCGGGUAGUGCGCGCUGCCUCGCCGCCGCCGCCGCGCUCUACCGCGCCGCGCCCGGGCCCAGCGCCGCGCACCUGCCGGCGCUGCUGCAGGCUCUCCACACAGCAGUGAAGAAGUAUUCACCGGAUAAAAGAAGACGGAACAGCGAUAGAGAGCGGGAUCAACCUGACGAACCCACUCAGAUAGCUUCUUUGCUGUUGCAGGUGCUAGCAACAGGGCUGCCUCUAGCGAGAGAAAAUCCAGAUGAAUAUUCUGUAUUUUGGGAAAUUUUACCAACAGUAUUGGAAACAUUUAUGUUUGAGCCACCUGUAGGUGGUACCGCGCAGGCACGCGAAGUAGUGGGCGUGGUCCGCGAUGAAGUGCUCCGGGCGACGCCCCGCGCCCCCGCCCCCGCCGCGCGGCGCGUGUUGGCGCUAGUGCGCGCCGGCUCGCUGCACCACAACCCGCACCCGACAGAAAACGAACAAGAAUUGAAAGAACGCGAAGAAUUCGCGAGAACGUGCUUCGAAACUCUGCUGGAGUUCUCAAUGCUGGAAGACAUGGACUCCAUUACUGCCGCUGAGAAUGAAAAUGAUCCCCUAGCAAUAAUGCCGCUAUUAGACCGGUUUCAAGAAGUAAUAUCGAAAUACAACAAAGACGAAGACAGUUCGGAACCCUUACCCAGACAACAGGCGUCCGAGGUGUCGUUCGUGCUGCGCGCCGUGGCCGCGCUCGCCGCCGCCAUGCGCCGCGCGCCGCCCGCCCGCGUCGACCGCGCCGCCUGGAGGAAGCUCAUCGACGUGUACCCGUCGCUGGUGCGGCUGGCGGGAGGCGCUCGCGUCUGCGGAGCGGGCGGCGCGGGCGCGGCUCUCCGCGAGGCGCUGCUGCAGUUCGGCGCGCUGCUGGCGCCGCCGCCCGCGCUCUAGCGCCGUCUGCUCUACACCGCGCGCGUGUAGG